AUGGCAAGCUGUGAAGAAUUGGCACUGGACUUGGACGAAUUGAAUCAUCUUCAAAGCAUUGCUAAGAGGCCUCGCAUUGUCUCUCUUAUUUCCAAUGAGAUUCGCAAUUUGGAAAAGUUAUCAAUAGAUGCCACUCCUGCAUCUGCUUUGCAGCCACCAGUUUCAACUACCCGUGCGCCAACACCAAUAUCAAGUGUGCCAAAUGUGGUCCCUAAGACUGUGCUAAAUUAUGUUCCUCUUGGAUCCUUCAGCUGGGAUCAGGGUAAUGAUCAAGUGAAGAUUUAUAUUCCAUUGGAGGGAGUUGAGCAGGAGAAACUUGAGACCAAAUUUAAGCCAAGUUCUUUUGAUAUCAAAUUCCAUGACGUCCAAGGAAAGAAUUAUAGAUGUGCCAUACCAAAAUUAAACAAGGAGAUUGUGCCCGAGAAAUGUCAAGUGGUAGUAAAGCCCAAGAGGGUCAUUGUCACUUUAGUUAAAGCUUCCAAGGGGAACUGGUUGGAUUUGCACUUCAAAGAAGAUAAGAUGAAGCCAAAUUUGGAUAAAGAGCGGGAUCCAAUGGCUGGAAUGAUGGACUUGAUGAAGAAUAUGUACGAGGAAGGUGAUGAAGAGAUGAAACGAACAAUUGCAAAAGCAUGGACAGACGCUCGAUCUGGCAAAGCAUCUGACUCUCUGAAGGGAUUUCCUUGA